GGGAAGGAGAGGCGGCUGAGGCGGCUGAGGCGGCUGAGGAGGCCCCGGGGAGCCAUGGCGGACGGCGCCGAGCGGGCCGACGGGCGCAUCGUCAAGAUGGAGGUGGACUACAGCGCCACCGUCGACCAGCGACUGCCCGAGUGCGAGAAGCUGGCCAAGGAAGGACGACUUCAAGAAGUAAUUGAAACUCUUCUGUCGCUAGAAAAACAGACCCGAACUGCUUCUGACAUGGUAUCGACAUCCCGAAUUUUGGUUGCAGUAGUGAAGAUGUGCUACGAAGCCAAGGAGUGGGAUUUUCUUAAUGAAAAUAUUAUUCUUUUAUCCAAAAGGAGAAGUCAAUUAAAACAGGCUGUUGCAAAAAUGGUCCAGCAGUGUUGUACUUAUGUUGAAGAGAUCACAGACCUUCCAAUCAAACUUCGCUUAAUUGACACCUUGCGAAUGGUUACAGAAGGAAAGAUCUAUGUGGAAAUUGAGCGUGCCCGAUUGACUAAAACACUAGCAGCAAUCAAGGAACAAAAUGGUGAAGUGAAAGAAGCGGCAUCAAUUUUGCAAGAGCUGCAGGUGGAAACCUAUGGGUCAAUGGAAAAGAAGGAGAGAGUGGAAUUUAUAUUGGAGCAGAUGAGACUCUGUCUUGCUGUGAAAGAUUACAUUCGGACCCAAAUUAUCAGCAAAAAAAUAAACACCAAAUUUUUCCAAGAGGAAAACACAGAGAAGUCUAAAUUGAAGUACUACAAUUUAAUGAUCCAGUUGGAUCAGCAUGAAGGCUCCUAUUUGUCCAUCUGUAAACACUACAGAGCUAUAUAUGAUACCCCUUGUAUCCAAGCUGAAAGUGAAAAGUGGCAGCAGGCUUUGAAGAGUGUUGUUCUUUAUGUUAUUCUGUCCCCCUUUGAUAACGAACAGUCAGACUUGGUUCACCGAAUAAGCAGUGACAAAAAAUUAGAAGAAAUCCCUAAAUAUAAGGAUCUCCUAAAGUUAUUUACCACUAUGGAGUUAAUGCGUUGGACUACGCUGGUUGAGGACUAUGGGAAAGAGUUAAGAGAAGGAUCCCCUGGAAGUCCUGCAACUGAUGUUUUUGGCUAUACAGAGGAAGGUGAAAAGAGAUGGAAAGAUUUGAAGAAUAGAGUCGUGGAACAUAAUAUUAGGAUAAUGGCUAAAUAUUAUACCCGAAUAACAAUGAAGAGGAUGGCACAACUCCUUGAUCUGUCAGUUGACGAGUCGGAGGCCUUUCUCUCUAACCUAGUAGUAAAUAAGACCAUCUUUGCUAAAGUAGACAGGCUGGCAGGAAUUAUCAACUUCCAGAGACCCAAGGAUCCAAACAACCUACUCAAUGACUGGUCUCAGAAGCUGAACUCAUUAAUGUCACUAGUUAACAAAACUACGCACCUCAUAGCCAAAGAGGAGAUGAUACAUAAUCUACAGUAAGGGGCUCAGUACUCUUAAUGCUUUUAAAAAAGCAUUAAAACUUGGGGUCAUGGAAAAAGACUUAAUGUCCCAGUGUAAAAUGUUGGGGUUUUUUUUCCCUUAUAUUCCCGACUUUCAUAUCCAAAAUUUAAAAUGUGAUGCUGUUUGAGGCCUUGUUUAACCAAAAAAAUUCCCUUGAUUUCAUUUUAUCUGUUUAACUUUGCUUUAUGUUUGGUGGAAGAAUAUAAUACAACUGUAAUGACCGAGUAAUCAAAAAAUAGUGUCGUGACCUACCCCAGUAUUUUUUCUAUUGUUGGAAAACUUUUUAGUUAUCUUAUGUUCCAUCCAGCUAACUAUAUAAUAAAAAACCAACAACAGGA